AGCUUAAGGAUACGUUGAUCCUCACAAAGAUCCAACACUCACACACACAUAUACAACUCUUCUUUUUUUCGCGUCUUAAUAUUAUCUCGUGCAGCUAACCCUAUACCCUCUUUUUUUCUUUUCUUUUUUCUUUUCUAUUAAUACAAAAGAUAUUUAACUUCCGUUUUAAAAACAAAUUCUUCUUUUCUUUUCUCAAGCGUCAGCGUCGCGCUUUCAAAAAGCAACCAACCAACCAAAAGCAUCUCCGCUAAAACACCGCCGUUUUUGGUAGAUACACCAAUGCCGCGGUUUUCAGGCUGUGCUACGAACAAAGAUGACGUGCAGACGGCGCCUCCUGUACGGUGCGUCAGCCGCAGCCGGGGCUGCGCCGCAGGUGCUGCUACAUACGGCAACGGCAAGACACUUCAGGUCACCGUGUCGGGUCGGGCGUCGACACUGAUCACGCUGAUGCCGUCUCCCUCUGCCCCUUUCGCUCCCCUCGCUGCUCGCCCCGCCGGGACGGCGCCUUCUUGGGCCGACGCACACAACCGACUGGAGGUGCACGAGGGGGCGAGCUCGUACGAGGCCGUGACGGGGCAAGCUAGCUUCCUUCGCUCGUGCACGCACAGCCGCUAUUCCUCGUCCGUCAUAACCGACACGGACAUCGAAGAUGAGUGUAUCUGCACGGACACCGCGUCCACCAUCGGCUCCGCCUCUCCGCUGCGGGGCUACCGGCGCCAGCACAAGCGCCGCAGUGAGGUGGCGGGUGCGCACAGCCUCCUGCUGCAGGCGACGCCCACGCAGACGACGUGGGAGGAGAGUGUUGUGACGGAAUUGGACCGCGACUUCUCUGGGUCGGCGACAGCGGUGCUGCACCGUGGUGCGGCCAGCACGCGCAGGACCUCAGCUGUGUGCCCAUCGGAGGAACCUUGCACCUUCUAUCAGUGCUCCAGUGGCAUUGCCUCUUCAACGAACCUGGACGACUUUGCCGAAGAAAGAGAACAGCGAGGCCGCGGUGUGCAUUGUAGCGUCUCCUGGCUGAACCGCAAUGAGUCCUGUGCUGCCAUCGAGGAAGACAUUCCAGAAGAGAUUGUGUAG